UGCAAACCCCAACUGUGCACGGACCAUCACCCCUCGCACCAUGGAAUUUUUUGGGCGCAAUCGCAUCCAAAUAACAUUUGGAGAUCCUCAUUCUCAACCGCCAAGUGACGAAACAACCAGCAGUCGCCCAUCCCUUCAAAAUGGCUCCCAAGAAGACCACCACCCGCGCUCCCCAGGAGAACAUCUCCCUCGGACCCUCCGUUCGCGAUGGCGAGCUGGUCUUCGGCGUUGCCCGUAUCUUCGCCUCCUUCAACGAUACCUUCGUCCACGUCACCGAUCUGAGUGGCCGUGAGACCAUCACCCGUGUCACUGGUGGUAUGAAGGUCAAGGCCGACCGUGACGAGUCCUCCCCCUACGCUGCCAUGUUGGCUGCCCAGGACGUCGCUGCCCGCUGCAAGGAGCUUGGCAUCAACGCUCUUCACAUCAAGAUCCGUGCCACUGGUGGUAACGGUACCAAGACCCCCGGUCCCGGUGCCCAGUCCGCUCUCCGUGCCCUCGCCCGUGCUGGCAUGAAGAUCGGCCGAAUUGAGGACGUUACCCCUACUCCCUCCGACUCUACCCGCAGAAAGGGUGGUCGCCGUGGUCGUCGUCUCUAAGCUACUCGCUCAUGGGGUGGCUUGGAUCGGACAGGAGAUUCGCUAUCUGGUUUCUCUGUGGCGUUGAGAAUCACGAGGAGAACGGCUUUUUCGCCUGGUCUCCAGUCUACACUGCAGAGCCUGGUCAGGUUAUGGGUUAGGACGCAGUAGACAGUUAUGAAUUCGCCCGAAGAAGGCCUAUGAAUCAUCCUCUUGUCAGAUUUGUUCCAUGAUGUGAUGCCUUCCAGCUAUGCGGUUGACGAUAAACGAUGAUGUGAGAUAAAAAGCAAUUGUUUACAUUUAUAAGCCGCUGUGUCUACUCUAUGUGAUCUCGAUGUCUCCUGAACUCCUCGCCAAAUCAUGCCCUGUUCAUACUUAUUAUUUUACACCUGGCUUGAGUGUCCAGAUUCCUCUACCGGCACCUCCGGUUUUGUUUAAUACUGCAACCUUGUCUAGAGCAGAUUUGAACUCGUCGCUCUGCUUCUUCCCUGGGCAGUAGGGGUUGAAGUGGUCUACCAGCAUCUUGCUGGGGACUCGACCAUUGUGGCGGUUAAUGAAUGUUUUGAUCAUGGCCACAAAGUCUUUAGACUUUAGAUUCUUGUCUGCACCAGGAGUUCCUGAACGAGAACUUCCCCCACUCCCUGUAUCAAGACCCUGGCGGUCUGCCAAGUUACUCAUGAUGGCUGCUGAGCUCGGUCCUCCACGGCGACGGUUAGCCCCAGGACGGCCAGCCUGCCCCACCUCACCAGUCCAUGUAACAGUGCCUAUGGGAA